AUGAUUGGUCAUAAAAGACGUAAGUUAUAUUCUACUUGGUGUUUUCAUUUUUAGGUGUGACUGGUGUCUAAUUUAUCGAUAAAGGAGCUGAAGUUCUGUCUCUCGAGCUGAUGGAUCGUUCAAUAAGUGGAACUGUGCGGUUGGAAAGUCCGUUGGGCAGAUUGUUCACGAAUAUUCAGAGCUGAGAAGUCUAAGUUACCAUGAAAAGGAUAAAGUCCGGCUGAUAACUUCCAAUGAAGGCCAGGUCACACUAGUAUCCGCUGAAUUGGAGGAGGUUGUAAGUCAAUGCUUUUUAUUUUGUUCAGGCAUGAAAAAUUUGCUUUAUAUAGUAAUUUAUCUUAUUUUAGGUAUUUAUAUAGUAAUUUGUCUUAUUUUAGGUAUUGACCAAGAUCAUGGAAUUACUGCGGCUGCUGUCUUUAAUGGCUCGACAUUGACCAUCGAGAUCAAGGUAAGUUUUUUAAAUGUUUUGUCUUGCUUUAGGGAAGUUCUAUCGACAAAUGGAGGUAGAGUUCACAUCUUAUUUUAGGUAUUUAUAUAGUAAUUUAUCUUAUUUUAGGUAUUGACCAAGAUCAUGGAAUUAAUGAUGUAUAUGCAUGCCUUUAAUGGCUCGACAUUGACCAUCGAGAUCAAAGUAAGUUUUUUAAAUGUUUUGUCUUGCUUUAGGGAAGUUCUAUCGACAAAUGGAGGUAGAGUUCACAUCUUAUUUUAGGUAUUUAUAUAGUAAUUUAUCUUAUUUUAGGUAUUGACCAAGAUCAUGGAAUUAAUGAUGUAUAUGCAUGCCUUUAAUGGCUCGACAUUGACCAUCGAGAUCAAAGUAAGUUUUUUAAAUGUUUUGCCUUGCUUUAGGGAAGUUCUAUCGACAAAUGGAGGUAGAGUUCACAUCUUAUUUUAGGUAUUUAUAUAGUAAUUUAUUUUAUUUUAGGUAUUGACCAAGAUCAUGGAAUUAAUGAUGUAUAUGCAAAUCUGA